UUCCGUGCCCUUCCCCCUUCCGCCGCACCCGAGAACGAGCCUCCGCGCCUCCUCUCGUGACCGCCCGCCUGCUCGCUCGCAGACAGAAAACCUAAGCCAGCGCUGUCUCUUCUGCUAUCGAAUGGAGCAAAUGGCUUCGAUUCGGUGAAGGAUCACAAGGAACCUUCGUUUCUUAUGGAUACUUCCGCCGCCUUCGAGAAGCCUCUCGAGGCGCGCCAGACUCCGCUCUUCAUCGACCUCAACGAGGCUCCGCCGACGCCAUGCGACACCCAUACGGCAGAAUCCCCUGCCUCUCUCCUUGAUCUCGACGCCCGUGCCGUCGCCUGCCGCUUCCAUGGCGUUCUCACGCCCGCAGCCGGAUCCGCUGCGGACUUCCCUGGCGAAGCUGGCGUCGGAACUGUUCUGCUCCGUUGCGGUAUCUGCGGCCUACUGGAGACGCGCGGUGGGACGGUUGUCUGCGACGGCUGCGAAACGGGUUUCCACGUGAGCUGCGCGAGGAACUGGCUGCGGCAACCGAUGUCUGCGUUGGAUGACUGGCUCUGCCAUGAAUGCAGCGAAAACAGGAGGCCCAUCAAGAGGUGGAGCCUCGGUGCGGCUAGGUUGCUCGACAUCAAUGCUAUGCCGCCUAGUGAGGGAGAUUUUGAAGAGCUGCAUAGUAAUGGAAUUGGUGGAUGCGGAUUGAACAGCUCAGAUGGAGCUAAUAUCAGUGUCACCUACCAAUUAUUUCAACAUCAUAAUGUGGGCCACAUAAGAAAUGACUUUGAUUUUGUCGAGGGCACCGAAACCACAGAUGAUUCCACAAGAACCAUAACUGAAGAAGAAAAGAGGUUUGGUCAGGUGCAUGAUUUAUCUCAGUACUUUGGCAUGAAAUCAAACUUCACUUGCAUUGAAGUUGCUGAGAAAAGUGAUGUUUCUGGGUUAGUCCAUAGAGCUUUGCCUCGUCGAAGAAAAAGAGACCCUGCAAGAACCUGGACUGCUACUAGUUCAUCCGAGAAUCAAGAUAGCAUGAGGGCUAGCUGUGGCGGAGAGCCCUCUUCUGAUACUGAGGUGAUGGACUCUCAGUUCAUUGAUUUUAGGAGAUUGUUAAGAGCUUCAAAUGCUUAUGCAGACGAAAAUAAUGACCUUGGCUCCAAAAAUUUAAUUGGUUGGCUCCCGGUUCAGUAUGAGGACUUCUAUGUCCUUUCUUUUGGAAGAAUUGAUUUGAGGAUGACAUACCAUGACAGCAGUCAGAUCUGGCCUGUAGGGUAUAGAUCAGUUUGGCAUGAUGAGAUUACCGGAUCACUUUUUGAGUGUGAAGUAUCAGAUGGUGGAAAUUCUGGACCUGUUUUCAAAGUGCAAAGGCAUCCAUGUUCAGCAUCGCCACUUCCAGUUGGGGAAACUGUUCUUCACUAUAACAGUUCUAGAAAAUCUGAUGCACCAGAAACAACAGAAAGUAGCAUGAUCUUUGAGUCUAGCCUAGAGCUAGAUGAUGAUAUUUUAAUACUUCUAUCAGAUCCAACAUAUGCAGAUCAGGAAAUGAUAUCGUGCUUCAAUAGUAACUUUCAUGGAAUUUCACAUGAAUCCUCCAUGCACAUGGAUGCACAUGAACAACAUGCUAUACAUCAUGUGGAUAACUGCUCGGAAGAGUUUGAAGAUUCUUUAAAAAUAACUUCUCCAAGGGAUGAAAUUGGAGAUUUUUAUGUGGAAGGAAGAUCGUCAUUAUCAGUAUGGAAGAUGGUGUCUCAAACUUUUGUUGAUUCAUGCCAGGAAGCCUAUAGGCAGUCAGGUUCUCUGAAGUUCUUCUGCAGACACAGAUGCCAAAGAACACAUUAUUUUGGAGAUGGAAAACAAAAAACUCUAGAUUAUCCUGCUGCCUUAGGUAAGUUUUGCAGUCCUUCUGGUCCCAUCAAUGUACCACAAGUCAUUCGGAGUGACGCAGAGCUUGAUUCUUCAUGCAAAUCACUUGCAGAGUGGCUAAAUCAAGACAGAUUUGGAUUAGAUAUAGAAUUUGUACAGGAAGUGAUUGAAACUUUUCCUGAAUCACAUGCAUGUGCUGGUUACCAGUUUCUAAUUAACAAGUUAGAUGCUUCAAAGUUGAUGACUGUUGCUAGUGGGGCACUCCUAGCAGUACAAAGGAAUGGUGGCAGAGGUAAAGAUAAAGUUUUUCCAUGUGGUUUAUAUAGAAGGCCGACACUAUCUCAGCCACAUGAUUUCACCGAUGAACACCAACUAACUGAGCGCCAACCACCACCAGGAAAACCUUGCAGCAGAAGGCUUCCGCCAGAGCUGGUUGGAGAUGUUUAUCAGAUAUUUGAAUUUCUAUGUCGUUUUUAUGAAACUUUGGGUCUAAAUGAACCUCCAAUGUUUGAGGAACUUGUGGAAGAACUUAUUGAUCCCUGGCCCAUCGAUUCAAUGUACGGGGAGAGGGAGAAGUUGGAAAGGGAAAUUCAAGAUUAUGGGGAGUUGGUUGCAAAAUCACACGACACUUUAACUAGUCAAAAUUUGCUACCGACACGAGGGGCUGACACACAAGCAUUAGAUGUAAGUCCAUUUAUGUUUAUUCCAAAUGAAACAGCAUCAGCAAGGGAAGCUGUUCAAGCUAAAUUGGCAUCACGUACUUAUGGCAGAUGUACUGGUGUUAGAUUGACUAAGGUUCAUACUUCACUGCUGAAACUUUUGAUUGGAGAGAUCCUUGGGAAAGUUACUUUUUACAUGGAUCCAAAUUCUGAUGCUAGAGAAUCAAGAUCUAGACGUGGACGGAAGAAGGAUCUUGAGAACACAGUUACUGCAAAAGACCCCAAGACUGAUAUAUUACCUGCCAAUGAAUUUACAUGGCCGGAUUUGGCCAGGAGAUAUAUCUUGGUUGUUUUGUUCAUGAAUUUUGUUAUGGACUCCCCAGAUAUCUUUGCUCGCGAAGGACUGAAGUUGAUCCGCUGCUUACAGGGUGAUGGCGGUGUCCUUUGUAGUUCCCUAUCAGGUGUUGCUGGUAUGGAAGCUGAUGCAGUGCUGCUUGCAGAGGCUGAAAUGCAGAUAUCUGAUUCUGGAAAGCAGAAACAUAAAGUCUCGAUAGUUGGGCACAAGGAUUCUGUUGCAGAUGGAACUUCUGAACCUGUUGUACAUGGAAAAAAUCUUCCUGAAUGGGCAUUACUUCUAGAACCAGUGAAAAAGUUGCCAACUAAUGUUGGUACAAGAAUAAGAAAGUGCAUUUAUGAUGCUCUAGAACAUAAUCCUCCAGAAUGGGCGAAGAAAGUUUUGGAGCAUUCUAUAAGUAAGGAGGUUUAUAAGGGGAAUGCCUCGGGGCCAACUAAGAAAGCUGUUCUUUCUGUCCUAGCUGAGGCAUCAGGUGGAAAGCACCUUCAUAAGCCAGAGAAGAAAAGCAAAGAGAAAAAUCCUAUAUCAUUGUCUGAUGCUGUUAUGAGAAGAUGCCGUAUGGUACUCCGUCAUGCUCUUUCUGCAGAUGAAGAGAAAGUUUUCUGCAAUUUGCUUGGGUCUCCAAUGGCAAAUGUCAAUGAUAAUGAAGAUGAAGGUAUUCUUGGAUUUCCUGCUAUGGUUUCUCGCCCUUUAGAUUUUCACACCAUUGACUUAAGGUUGGCUGUUGGGGCUUAUGGUACUUCACACGAAGCUUUUCUAGAGGAUGUUCAAGAGGUGUGGCAUAAUUUAUCAAUUGCUUAUAAAGACCAUUCUGAUCUGAUGCAGUUAGUUGAGGAAUUGUCAGUGAAUUUUGAAUCACUGUACGAGAAAGAGGUACUUACUCUAGUGGAGAAAAUUGCUGAUCCUGCUGGUACUGAGUCUCUGGACCCUGUAAAGCAGAAAGAAUUGUAUGAUAUUCUUGCAACAAGUGAAAUGCUCAAAGCUCCUUGGGAAGAGGGAGUUUGUAAAGUCUGUGGCAUUGAUAAGGAUGAUGACAGUGUUUUGCUUUGUGAUACUUGUGACUCAGAAUACCAUACAUAUUGUUUAAAUCCUCCUCUUGCUCGGAUUCCAGAAGGGAAUUGGUAUUGUCCAUCAUGUGUUAGGAUUCAGUCCAAAAAACAAGAUUGGAACCAUCAUACACUUGUUAGCAAGAACACUGAGAGAAGAUAUUUGGGAGAGGGUAAUCGUGCUUUUCAAGAGGCCUUGAAACAACUUACAUGCACAAUGAAAGAGAGAGACUAUUGGGAAUACAGUAUUGAAGAGAGAAUAUUGCUGCUGAAAUUUCUGUGUGAUGAGGUGCUGAGCACUGGACUUAUUAAGGAACACCUAGAUCAGUGUAAUGAAACGUCAAAUGAUUUGCAGCAAAAAUUGCGAGCACUAGUUAUGGACUGGAAAACUUUGAAAUUCAAGGAAGAAAUUUUGUCUUUGAACAUUGCAAGAGAACGUACUAAUAAACCUGGCGACAGCCCAAGGGAAGAGGAAGAAGAAAUUGCAUCUGCUGGGCUAGCUGAGUGUCAGCGGAAUGUCAGUGACACUUCUGUAGAUGCUGAUACUGGUGUCAUUCCUGAAACUUCAACAGUGGAGUCCCCUGUUGGACAGGAUGGACAAAAUGAUUUCAGAAAGAAUGUGGAUCAGUUUUCUAAGAGUAUGAUUGAUGCUCAUUCUGAUCAUGGUAGGAAAGUUGAGAUGCAGUCUGGUGAUCAACAUACUCUAGACAAGGGUGCAGAUUCUGGUAAUGCACUCUACACUGUUUCACUUGGUCAAGGAAACCAAAUAAAACAAGAUAAAGGGCUAUCACUAAUUUCUUCUGACCAAGAAGGUAAGGAAGGAAAGGAAGAAUCUAUUCGUGGUUUUGAUAAUGAAACUGCACGGAGAGGGUUGCUGGGUGAUGACAGCAGCAUCUGUGAAAGACCUGAUGUGACACAAAACGUUGGAAGGCCAGUAGUAGUACUUACCCAUGCAGACACAUCUCAUGGUUCUAUUAUGGUCACUCAUAGAGGUACAGCACAGGAUAAUAAUAUUUUAAGGACUAAGAGGCUAAUCAAUACAUCAACAGAGUUUCUCUCCUCCAACCAAGGUGAUGUAAACCAGGGAAACACCAAUGUUUCUCAUGCCACAUCUAUUGAGAACAGUCUCAACAAUCUUGAACUGGAUACUUUAAAGAAUCAAAUUUCACAUGUGGAGUUGUCAAUUUCUAGAGUAGAAUCUCAGCUUAUGAUGACAUCUUUAAGAAGGGAUUUUCUUGGAAGGGAUUCUUUUGGUCGAUUAUAUUGGGCUAUAUGCAGACCUGGUAUUCGUCCUUGGCUGGUUGCUGAUGGAAGCACAAUGGUACCAGAAGAGAGUAGUCGAAUGGAAGAGUUAAGCCAGCCCAAGGGUAAUGACCUUGUGGAUAUGGUCUCCCCAAGUUCAGCACCAAUGUCUGGGCCAGGUGGAUCUGAUGUAUGUAGCACAUCUGCAUGUGGUUCGCAAAAGUUUAGCUAUUAUUCAUUUUCUUUGUAUGAAAAUGACAAUGAUAUUCAGGAAAUUACUAGUUGGCUGACCAGUGCUGACCCUAAAGAAAAAGAAUUGAAGGACAAUAUCUUGCACUGGCAAAGAAUACUACACCAAGUAUCUAACAUCAUUUCGAAUGACUCUCAUCCUACUUCAAAAUCCUCCAAUAGCAAGGAUUGUAUGGUAUCUCGAUGUUUAACUACAAAGGCUGCAAUGAUUCUCGAAGCCAAGUAUGGUCCUUUCUUGGAGCUGGAAGCAAUUGAAAUUCCUAAGAGAAAAGGUAAGAAGGGAAAACCAAGUCAUGAUGAGAGAAUGUUCAGAUGCGAGUGCUUAGAACCUGUAUGGCCUUCUAGACACCAUUGUUUGUCUUGUCACCAAACAUUUUCAACUGAAGUGGAGCUUGAUGGACAUAAUGAUGGAAGGUGUACCCCAAAUAAUACUGGAUCUGAUGAAAGCAAAGAAAGCAAUGAUCAAUCAAAAGUUAAGGGAAUAAGGUCUGAAAACGUUAGGGGAAAAGACAAUCAUGAGGAAAUUGAUGUUGGCGAUUCAUCAGAGAAAUUUUUUGAAUUCAACUCCAGUUUUGUUAGACUUUCAAGGACAACAUGCCCAUAUGACUUUGACUUGAUCAGCAAAAGGUUCAUAGUAGAAAACUCUAACAAGGAGAUAGUGCAAGAAAUUGGUCUUAUUGGGUCCAAUGGAAUUCCAUCCUUUGUUCCUUCAGGUGCUUUCUUUUUGAAUUCAGGAGAAGAGCUGAGCCAAAGUCUGAAUUCUAAUGUUAAUGGGAGCACUGCUUUGUCUUUUUCUUCAGGAGUACAGUUCCUACUACCUAGAGGGAGGGGUCGAACAGGGUUAAAUAUAACUGAAGAUGAAGUUAGAAGAGGGAAUGGACAUGCCAGCACAUCUCAGAAUGCUUUUGAUAGUGUUAAUGAUGAACAAUCUCAGAGAAUCAAAAGAUCUACUCGAGGUAUUGGUAAUGAGGGAGAAGCAUCCUCCAUGACCAGUAACACUCAGCAUGCUGGAAUUAGCAGUGGAUGCACAGUUCCAGAAUCAUCAUUGAAACCUGUAGUUGGGAAGACAUCUGAAAUUCUUAAGCGGCUCAAGGUUAACUUACUUGAUAUGGAAGCUGCACUUCCAGUUGAAGCACUGAGACCUUCAAAAUUAAUUUUGCAAAAAAGAUGUGCUUGGCGCACCUUUGUUAAAUCUUUGCAGUCCAUAUUUGAGAUGAUUCAAGCAACAACCCUACUUGAAGGUAUGGUUAAAACGGAGUACCUAAAAAAUGGGUGGUGGUACUGGUCCUCUCAGACAGCUGCUGCAAGGACAUCAACGGUUUCGUCGCUUGCUCUUCGUAUUUACACUCUUGAUGAUUGUCUCACCUACACCAAGAACCAGGAUCCUGGUUCAAAUACCAUAGAGAGUGAUCCAAAGCCGGCAAAUAAGGCAGGAAAGAAGAGGAAAGAUAUGGAGACAUGAAAAUGAACACUCUGAAAAACAUAUAAAAGAACCCAAGCAUCAUGGAUGUGGCAGAUUUUACAUUAUACAAUCUGUCAUCAAACUUAUCAGGCUUCAUGAUUCACAAAAAUAUGAACUGGAAGAUGACAUGCCUUAAUAGUGCCUGGAUAUUAGCUCAGACCUUGUUUCAAAAGUAAAACUGUCAUCAUUGGCUUGAUGUUUGUCUGGUUCAAAAAGGGUAACUGAGAUAAAUUUUUUUGCUUUAAGGAUGUAAAUAACCAAGUUGAAAUCAUUUUGAGGA